AUGCCCCCCGCCCCCGCCGCCGCCACCUCAGUAGUGAGUGUCGGACACGUUCUCCUGGAGUACGGGGUGGUUCUCAGCACAGGGCAGCCGCACGUGGCGUUUAGCAGGGACUUGGACAGUAGCUGCGGCUGUUGCAGCCCCAUGGCGGCCAUGCCGACGUUCGGCAUGUCGCCGCCGCCGCAGGGCCCUCCGCCCCCGCAGGGUGGCGCGCCCGCCCCCGCGUGCCCGCCGGCGCCAGCGCCCGCCCCCGGGGGCGGCUACCAGGCGUCGCCCGCCGCCGCCGCCGCCUGCGCCGCCGCCGCGGCAGCCGCCGCCGCCGCUCUCAACGGCCACGGCCAGUACGGAGAGUCGCCGCCGCCGCCCGCCACCAGCAUGUCCAUGACGGUCGGCGUCGGCGUGGGCGUUGGAGCGCACUCCGCCUCCAAGGCGCCGCCGUGCUACGACUACACCGGUCAGUACCCGCCCACCUAUGUGGCUCGCAACACGCUUCCGGUUGUAUGCAUUAGGCAGCGUUUCCACAGGAAAAGAAAUCUUGCACACGUAUCCCCACCACCAUCGUCGCAGGAGUCCAGAAGGCCUCAUCUCGCCCGGGGUGUCGGUGCCCAUCGCGGUCCCCGGGCCGGGCCAGCAGGCGGACGUGGCGGCGCAGUACUGGCCGCGCCUGCAGUGACGCUGGUGGAACUGAGCGCCACCGCCGCCCCCGCCCCCGCCCCCGCUGCCGCCGCCGCCGCCGCCCACGCCUCUGCCACUGGGCCUGGGACGACCGCGCAGCUGACGGCGCGCCAUCGCCAGCCCACCGGCGCCAUCGGAUCGGGACGCCAGCGUCAACUUACCGCAGACGUGUGCUCGCGCCCGAGCUGUGCUCCUCUUCUGGUACUGGACGCGACGGGGCGUCGGGACCCACGAAGAGAGGCAGCGUCUCCUGACGCUGCGUCGACGGCUGCUGAGUGGGCGCCGGACAAGGCGCUGCGGUGUCAGACUCCUUGGGGGUGCCCAAGGAAAGCGGCUGCAGUACAGGCUGCACAGCCACCGCUUGGGAAGGCGGCCCGGCUGAGGGGUCGACGUCCAUCAGCUCCGAAGGCGGUGACGACUGAAGAGGGACCGCAGGCGCCGGAGCGACCACCCGGGGCGCUCCCGCAUGAAGCUGCGCGGGAGGCAUCAACGGGACGGGCUGUCGGCGUGGUAGCGGCGACGGCUGCUGUUGCUGCCCUGGGGGCGGCAGCGAAGUCGGAAGGAAAUGACUUCAUGGAUGCCCACCAUGCAGUAAUUGACAUGGGUGGAGGAGUAAUGACAGUUCAAGUUGGGGAUCAGCCAAUUAAUUUAGUAUUUGAUGAAUGCAUAUUACGUGCCGAGUCAGAAAUUAGUUGCCUAAAAUUUCAAGCUCAAGCCGAGUCGCAACCCAGACAGGAGCUACUCGUGAACUAUGUAAGUGAGUCGUGCUCUACGUAUGGAGAGCAGGGGAAAGAUGUUGCUUUUGCUGAUGCACUGAGAAAGAGCAUCGCGGGUGUCAGAACCACGGAAUCAUGA